AUGGGUAACACUGAAUUAAAACCUUAAAUUGUUCAUUCUAAUCAAUGGGUCAUGGUUAAAUAACUCAAUCAUGUUUUAUAUGGACCAAUAAAGGUAUUUAAGAACUGUUAAGAAAAAUAUUAAUGUUUAAGAACAUUCACAGUAUAAGAAGAUGAAGCAAAUAAAAUAUCAGAGGAAUUUGAAAAGCUUAACAAAGAAUAAGUAUUUAAUUUGGUUAAUGUAGUAUAAUUUAGUAAAAAUUAAUAAAAUAGAGCAUGAAAUUGAGUCAUAAUUAUGUUCUACAUUUCACAAAAUUCAUUUAACAAUAGAUUAUACAGAAAAACACUUGAAAAAUAUAUAUUAAAUAAAUAUGCAAAAAUUUAGUAUUGAGAUUUUAAGAACAUUAGCAUUUUUAGAUUCUCGCAAAACAGAUACUUGUUAAUUUUGUUUAUCUAAAUUGUUAAUUUUUGGAGAUCAAGUAAGAAUUGUGGAAUAAUAACUUUUCUCACAUUAGAGUGAUUAUUAAAGAAUAUUAUCAGGAGAAUUAAAAUGUGAAGAUUGGUAUUUUGCUCCAGAAGUUAUGAAGUGUUUAAGAAUGAAUGAUUAAAAAUAAUUUAAUAAUGAGAAAGCCACAAUAUUUAAUUUUGGAUUAAUUUUGAUAGCAUUAUACACAGAAGUAACUCCAUAUGAAGCUGAAAUAUAUAAUUAUGAGAAAUGUUGCUUGACUGAAAAAUUCGAUAAAUAUUUAAAAUUGUUUACCUAAUUUAAUUUGAACAGUAAAAUUAGUAUCUAAUAUAAUAGAGAAAUUAGAGAAAUUAAUUUUAGCUUGUGUAAGUUUUACACCUGAUAAAAGACCAACUUACUCUUAGUUAUUAGAUGAAUUUAGCAAUCCAUAAAUAUUUGAAUAAUAAGUGGAAGAUCAAUCUCCAUCUCCAUAAAAAGUUGAUUCUACUUAUUUGGUUCCAACAAAUUAAUUAGUAUCUUUCAAUCCAACAGUAAUGGAUGAAAGAGUAUUAUCUGAUACAACUAAUAAAAAGUUAAAUGAUAAUAAAAUCUUAAUGAAAAAGAUUGAUUAAGAAAAGCAUCAAAAUACGCCAAUUUGUUAAUCCCCUAAAUUUAGAUAAGAGAGUUUAUAGACUUAAACUACAAUUGGAAAUUUAAGAUCCACAAAAUUAUAUAAUUUAGAAAGCUUGUAAAAGUAGGAUAGAAAUAAAUAAAAUUAAAGUAAAUCUAAAUAAAAAAUAAAUUAAAAUAAGAAAUUUUGA